AUGGAUGGCAAAGAACUGUCUUUUGAUGCUCGCUACGACGGAGGCGCGGAUGAAAUCAUCUCGGAUAGUGAUUCAAUAGACCAUCCACACCACCCGCCUGGUCCGCCUGGUCCACCUCAAAGUCGAUCUGCUGCUCAACAAAUGCAUGAAAGCAUCCACAGUGACAUUGACAUUGACAUAUCCAGCUGUGAUGGGAUAUCACCAGAUGUAUCUCCCAUACAGAAUUCACGCAAACAGCACCACCAACACAGCAAAUCAUUAGAUGGUUUGGACUUUCAAACAAGCACGCAACGGAGAAGCAGUCGAGAUUUAAUGGGGAGCAGCGAAAAUGUGGGUAAAGAAUCCUUGCACAUGACGGACUUGUUACAGCUCUCGGAUAGCGAGCUGAGCGAACAAGACAGCUUUGCGGAUGCCAAUAGCAAUGAAAUUGUCACAGAUGAUGAUUUUAGCAUCAGCGAUGAUGAGGUUGACGAGGAUGACGACGACUAUGAUGAUGACUUUGAUGAGGACGGAUAUUACAAAUAUGCUGAAAAUGAGGGCUUUCAGUAUCAUGAGACUGCAUAUCACUCAGAAUCUGAUGACGAAAUCACUGUCGAAGAUGCGCUGGCAACAAUCAUGGAAGGCGAAGAAGAGGAAGAAUCAGAUGAGGAAGAAGAAGAGUCAGACGAGGAAGAAAACGACCGGACUCAUAGGGGCGGGUCCAUUCAUCAAUCCUUGUACAGGUUCGCCCUCAUGGAGGAAGAAGAAGAGAAGGCACUGGAAGAAUCGAAUCACAGCGUGGAAGUUAUGGAAAUGGCACUGGGAGGAGAGUCCAAAAGUCCACCCAAGCGGUUUCGGCCUCCAGGCGAAUUCUUGGAUGAGGGGGAGGAGGACUUGAACGACUCGGGAUACUUUAUGAACAAAGCGCCGCUUUACGAGAAAUCCUCCGCUAUGGAAUCUGCUGGAAUCAUUGAGGAGGAAGACGAUAUCGCGAGUCUCUUGAGGAGUGAAAAUUGGAAUGCGCUGAAACCCUUCUUGAAUAAGCUACGAAUGUCUGACGAUGAUUACAUCCGUGAUGAAUUGACCACAAUGGACCUUUUUGGACACACAAAGAUGUAUCCGAUCCACUUUAUUGUAUGGAGAGCACCCAACAGUUUCAUCAAGAAUUUUAUAAGCUCCCUUCCGCACAGAGACACAAGCGAAACUUUGAGUCGACUGGAUUCCUUUGGAAACUCGCCACUUCAUUUGGCGUGUUCCGGAUUAGAUGUGAAUGUCGAAAAGGAUUCCAUCGAUAUCAGCGUUGUCGAAAUCAUUUCGGAAUGUGGACCAGAAACGCACGAGAUGCUCAACAAGCAAGGAGAAUCGCCACUGGCACUGCUCAUGAAUUCCAAAGCCCUCAAAGCGGAUCCCGCCAAGCUGAAGGCUUCCGAAGCCACUGCCGAACGAUUAGUACGAUCAAUGUUGGCAGGUCGAAAGCAUCUCAUCAAGAGAAAGAAUAUGUUUGAUUUCAAGACUCUCUUGCAUACAGGUGCUUCCUUUGGUGUUCAUGAAAAAGUUUUGAUUGCACUUUUGGAGCUGUCGGAUCCUUCCAUCGCGGGGAUGGUUGAUACUUCGAAGCGGAUACCCCUUCACUAUAUUGCUGGUUGUGUCAGUGGGAAGCGACCGCAAGCGUCUCUCGCUGAAAAGCUGGUGGAGGCAAACAAGGAAGGAGUCAUUCGAACGAAUACUUCGGGUGAUACUCCACUUCAUGUCUUUGUCAGCGACAUAACCCAGCGGAUCAAGGAGGAAGAAGACCUUAAUAGUCCAAACACCGCAAAAAUGGCCGAAGUUCUUCUUGGAUCCAAAGAAGACGAAAAUCUGUGCUCUCUUUUGGUGAAAAAUUCCGCUGAACUUUCGCCGUUACAUUGCUGUGCUCUUUACAAUGCGCCGAAGAACAUAAUGGAGGAAUUCUCGAAAUCUCCUUUUUUCGCAAAGGCAGCAACAAUAACCGGUCCAAACAGUGCUACGCCCCUUCAUUUAGCAUGUGCUUCGUCGAAGAUCCGAGCAACAUUAGAAAAGUUGAAAUUCUUCGGAACUGCAGAAGCAGCAGUCAUGAGAGAUCAGAAAUCAAGAACUCCCAUGCAUGUUGCAGCAGAGAAUCCAAAGAUGACCAAGCAUUUUAUCAAGGCACUAGUAGAAAUCAAUCCAAAAGCUGCCAAGGUCCGAAACUCAAAGGGUAGGAUGCCCUUGCACGUCGCCUUGCGGAAGAAUGCGAAGGACACGAUUAUCAAGGCACUUCUGAAAGCAAACCCGCAGGCAGUGAAAAGUACAUUCAGCGGCCGAAACUCUGUAUUUCACGAGAUGUGCGAAUACAACACUUCUGUAGCUAUCAUGCAAUCCAUGUUGAAACUGCACCCAGCAGGAAGCAACGUGAAGAACAAGUCGGGCAAUCUGCCACUCCAUGUUGCGAUAGCCUUUGAGUGUUCGAUUGAUGUUGUGAAGGAACUUUUGGACGCAUAUCCAGCUGGUGUCACGUCCAGGAACAAGAAUGGAGAGACUCCUUUGCAUCUUGCCGCAACCAAAAAGUCUUUGGAGAUUGUUGAAUUGCUUCUCAAUAGUGGUCCCAAAGCCACUAUUAUUGCAAACAAGGACGGCCAAAAGCCCUUGGAUGCCGCAAAAUUGGUCGAGGGGAAUGACGAAGUAGCCAGCUUCAUCGAGGCAAAAACUCAAGCAUACCGUGAGGAGCGAGCUCAGCAAAAAGCCAAAACAAAGGAGAGGAGAACAUCUUCGAAAACGGGAACGAAAAAGAAGCGUGGGAAUAACCGUUCGAGAAGUAAUUCGGAUGAUUUUGAUGAGCCCGAGGAAGAAGAGUCGAAAAAGCCGUCGUCGAUGUCGAGGAUCAUGAUGAAAAAGAAACGGGCGAGCCGACCGAGAAGUAAUUCAGCCGAUUUGGAUGGUAUCGAGCUUGAAGAAGAAGCACCGAAGAAGCCUUCCUCACUCUCCGAUAUGAUGUCUAGAGCUUCUGGCUCCAAGCAGAGGAGGCGGGCUUCCGGUGGUGAUGGCAAAAGUGUCGACCCCGAUGCCAAGCAAGAUAAAAGACCAAUACGGCGAAUGUUGAAAUCAUUCCAAGGGAGCAAACCGAAGAAAGAAACGAGCGGCUCAGAUGAAUCCGGAGAGCAGAAAGACAAGAAGACGACCGUCCAAUCUAUGAAAGAAAAGGCCAAACGAGGACUGACUCGGUCCAAGUCGGAUAAAGGUCUUCGUCAGGCCGGUGAAGUAAAGGUGGCUUCAGAAAGCAGCCCUUCACAGAACAGCCCUUCGGAGAGGAAAUUGAAACCAUCCAGAUCAUUCAAACUUUCCAAAAAGCUGGCGCUUGGGGAUGACGUCGGUACUAGUAGUCCCAGAACCAGAUCAAAGCGCAAUAUCUUUUCUAAAAAGAAUCGCAGGGCCAGCACUGGACAGGAUUACAGUGAAGAGGAUGUUGUUCCAAGCAAAGAAGUCGAGAGUACCAGUAUCGACGAGCCGAAGCCGCCGUCCGUGUCUCCCAUUCCAUCGCGGAAAAUUCGAUCCGGCAGGAAACGUGAGUCCAAGACGCCGCCACCUGGUGCUGAUCCAAAUGCUGCUUCUCUUGUUGAUUCAAAUGGUGCUCGUCUCGAAUCUGGAGGCAGUGCCAAGAGGAAAAGUCGGAAGAGCCCCAAACGAAAGAGCAAACACGAUCGCGAUCAAGCGUCCAAGGAGGAGUCGAAGCCUUCCUCAGAGUCAUCACUAUCAAAGACCUUGUCAGAAUCAUCCGUAUCGAAACCCGAUUCGUUCAAGAAACCCCUCUCGGGAUCAUCCUUAGGGAAGCCUACGUCGUCGUCAUCACUGAAACCUACUUCGGAAUCAUCAGUAUCCAAGCAUGGCACUUCAUCGUCAUCCGGAUCAAAAUCUACGGCUGACUCAUCGUCGGUCUCGGAUGCAGCAUCACCAUCGUCCGUAUCGAAAGGUGCUGCUCCUGCUGUUGCCGAAUCAUCAAAGGCACCUAUCGAUCCUCCUAGCAGUGACGAACCGUAA